AUGGAUAUUUUCAUUGCGUCUGAUCUGGAACUACGCCACCAUCCCUCAUGCCCCGUUGCUUUCACUGUCCCCGUCUCUGCCCCUGUCUCAACCUCCGUCCCCUGUUCCCGCCACAACCUCCGUCCUUCUCCUGCUACAACCUCCGUCCCUGUCCCGCCACAACCUCCGUCCCUGUCACCGCCACAACCUCCGUCCCUGUCACCGCCACAACCUCCGUCCCCUGUCCCUGCCACAACCUCCGUCCCCUGUCACCGCCCAACCUCCGUCCUCUGUCACCGCCACAACCUCCGUCCCUGUCCCUGCCACAACCUCCGUCCUGUCACCGCCACAACCUCCGUCCCUGUCACCGCCACAACCUCCGUCCCCUGUCACCGCCACAACCUCCGUCCCUGUCACCGCCACAACCUCCGUCCCUGUCCCGCCACAACCUCCGUCCCUGUCCCCACCACAGCCCCGUCCCUGUCCCUGCCACAACCUCCGUCCCUGUCCCACAGCCUCCGUCCCCUGUCCCCACCACAACCCCCGUCCUGUCCUGCCACAACCUCCGUCCUGUCCAGGUCCUGUCCCUGUCCCUGUCCUGCCACAGCCUCCGUCCUGUCCCUGCCACAACCUCCGUCCCUGUCCCUCCCUGACCCCCCGUCCCUGUCCCUCCCACAACCUCCGUCCCUGUCCUGCCACAACCUCCGUCCCUGUCCUCCCACAACCUCCGUCCCCUGUCCGUCCUCCUGUCCCUCCCACAACCUCCGUCCCUGUCCCUGCCACAACCUCCGUCCUGUCCCUCCACAGCCCCCGUCCCUGUCCCUCCCACAACCCUCCAGGUCCCCUGUCCCUGCCACAACCUCCCUGUCCCCCACACCUCCGUCCCUGUCCCUCCGUCCCUGUCCCACCAAACAACCUCCGUCCUGCCACAGCCUCGUCCCGUCCCUGUCCCUGCCACAACCUCCGUCCCCUGUCCUGCCACAACCCCCGUCCUGUCUCUGCCACAACCUCCGUGCCCUGUCCCUGCCACAACCUCCGUCCCUGUCUCUGCCACAACCUCCGUACCCUGUCCCUGCCACAACCUCCGUCCCUGUCCUGCCACAACCUCCGUGCCACAGUCCCCUGUCCCAUCCGUCCCCUGUCCUGCCACACCUCCGUCCCCUGUCCCCACCACAACCUCCGUCCCCUGUCCACUCCCACAACCUCCGUCCCCUGUCCCUCCCCACACCCCCGUCCUGUCUCUGCCACAACCUCCGUACCCUGUCCUGCCUGGCCUCCGUCCCUGUCCCCGCCACAACCUCCGUCCCUGUCCCCACCACAACCUCCGUCCCUGUCCCUGCCACCAAGCCUCCGUCCCUGUCCCCCUGA